AAGUGCGGUUUAGCGUACAAAAGAAAAAGACGCGGAACGUUGUGCAAUUAUUGUGAUGUGUAUGAACCAUAAAAUGUAUUCAAGAUGGCCGAUUUUUACGAUUUGCGCUAUAACAAUGUCAUGCGGAAGAUUUGUAUUGGGGGCUAGCUUUCAGGAUUGCCUACGAAAGGACUCCAUCUCAUGUUUACAAAUGCAGGUGUACAGAACCGCUAAAUCGAUAGUGAGUAACGAAAGCAUUAGUUUGGCGGAUGGUAUUAUGCAAAUACGGUUAGGAAACGAUUCACAGAGUUUGGCGUUGGAGGAAAAUUAUGAUAAGUUAUUUGGAAAAACUGAAGAGGUCGAGGAGAGGCAGACGUUACUCGAGACUUACCUAAUGGAAGUUGUCGAAAGUCUUUGGAAACGAAGGACUGUAUCGUUCAGCUAUUCGCGGGCUGCCGAAAUUCUGGCAAGUUGGAUGCCAAACAGUCUAAAGGACAAAUUAGAAAAUGUUAUCUCACAAGGUAGAGGAAAAAACAAAAAGCUGAAGAAGUAUGUACGUCUCAUUGUCGGCGCGAAGCUUAUUUUAGUGACUUUGGCCGCGGUGGUUUUCAUUUUUGUCGUCGUAAUUGCCAAGAAAGCGCUACUUGCUGGCGUCGUUUCACUUCUCCUACUGGGAUAUGGUGGACUUGCCGACUUAAUGAAUCCAAAACUAGUAAUAAAACCUGACAUAAUAGCCUACGACACUGGAACCGAUUGGCAGCCGCCAUACGCAAACUACGAGGAUUUAACUAUGACCAACAGCGAACCUGCUCCACAUCAAAAAAUGAUCAUUGGUCACACAGGUACUUGA